AUGGGCAUAGGAUUUGUCGAAGCUGAAAUGUCCAAGGGAAUCGUGUGCCAAGCGGAAAAGUGCUUCACGAAUAUUAGUAACACGUGGAAUUACAAGUCACUCACUGAUAUAGAGAAGUCUGUCAAUGACGGCCCCACCAGCAGUGUGGCAACCAUCAAGUUUACCAUUGAGGAGCAGGCAUGUGGCGGUGUCGGCACAGGUAGUGCCCACGAGAUCAUGAAGCAGGCGUGA